AUGAAAAUGAGGUUUGCUUGUGUGGUAGUAAUGGGUCUGGUGGUUGUGCUUGGAGGGUUACCAUUCUCCUCUGGUGCACAACUAGACCCAGACUUCUACAACAAUACUUGUCCAAAGGUGCAUUCUAUUGUGUUUGAUGUGGUGCAGAAUGUUGCAGAAACCGAUCCUCGUAUGCCUGCCAGUCUCAUCAGGCUUUUGUUUCAUGACUGUUUCGUUCAAGGGUGUGACGCAUCGAUUUUGUUGAACAACACUUUGAAGAUAAGAAGUGAGCAACAAGCCCAGCCAAACAGAAACUCAAUAAGAGGUUUGAAUGUGGUGAAUGACAUCAAGACAGCAGUGGAAAAUGCUUGUCCCGGCGUGGUUUCUUGUGCUGAUAUUCUUGUCCUUGCAGCUCAGGCAUCUUCUGUUCUGGGUGGUGGUCCUGACUUGAUAUUUCCAUUGGGAAGAAGGGAUAGUUUAACGGCAAACCGAAAACUUGCCAAUGAAAACCUUCCAGCUCCUUCCUUCACCCUCACUGAACUUAACGAAACAUUUGCUGCUCAAGGUCUCGACACCACUGAUUUAGUUGCGCUCUCAGGUGCUCAUACAAUUGGCAGAGCUCACUGCUCUUUCAUUCAUGACCGGUUGUACAACUUCAAUGGUACACGCAAACCCGAUCCAACUCUUGACCCAACUUACUUACAACAACUGCGUAAAAGUUGCCCUAGAAUUGCCCGACCAAAAACCUUGCUCAAUCUUGACCCAACCACUCCUGAUACAUUCGAUAAAAACUAUUACUCCAAUCUUAAGGUUAAUAAGGGUUUGUUUCAGAGUGACCAAGAGUUGUUCUCAACACCAGGUGCUGAUACCAUCAACAUUGUCAACAAGUUCAGUAGGAAUCAAAAAGCUUUCUUUAAUAGCUUUGCGAAUUCAAUGAUAAAGAUGGGAAAUAUUGGUGUUCUCACCGGGAACGAAGGAGAAAUAAGAAAACAAUGUAACUUUGUCAACAAAAAGUCUGUCGAAGUUGAUACAGGUAGUUUGGCAUCUGAAUCAGAGGAGGGUAUGGUUAGCUCAAUAUAA